AUGAAGGUCACAACUUUGACGAUUAUUUGUUCCGCCAUUCUUUCUGUUAACGCCAAGGCAUUCGAUGGUUCAAAGAAAUUAGGUGUUGUCAAGAGAGCUGACGAAGACUCAUCUGUAGACACAGCUACUGCAACUGAUGCAGAUGCUACCGAUGACUCAACUGCAACUGAUGACUCUGGUGCUGGCGCCGGUACUGAUGACGCUGAAGCUACCGAUGACUCAACUGCUACCGAAGGUGGUGCUGAAGACACUGAUGACUCAACGGCUACCGAAGGUGGUGCUGAAGACACCGAUGACUCAACGGCUACCGAAGGUGGUGCUGAAGACACCGAUGACUCCACCGCCACUGAAGGAGGAGAAGAAGAAACCGAUGACUCUACCGCUACUGAAGGUGGUGCUGAAGAUACUGAUGACUCAACUGCCACCGAAGGAGGAGAAGAAGAGACUGACGACUCUACCGCUACUGAUGGUGGAUCUGAUGAAACUGAUGAAUCAACCGCUACUGAUGACUCAGAAGAAACUGACGACUCAACCGCUACUGAUGACUCAGAAGAAACUGAUGAUUCAGGAGCCGUAGUUGGAGGUGGAUCCGGUGGAAACUCAACCGGUGGUGCUGGUGGAUCCGGUGGAAACUCAACCGGUGGUGCUGGUGGCUCCAAUGGUAACUCCACUGGCGGUGGAAGUGACAGUGAAAGUUCCUCCUCAAAUGCUGGUAACGGUCUUUUGACCAACCCAGGUGCCGGAAUGGUUGCCUUCGGUGCUAUUGUCGGUGCUUUGUUGAUUUAA